AUGGAUAAAGGGGGAAUAAAAGGAGACAAUAAGAGGGUACAUGUCCCCUUUAGGGACAGUGAGCUAACAAAGGUAUUAAGGGAGAUAUUUAUUACCCCUAGCAGCAACAACAGCAGCAGCAACAGCAGCAACAGCAGCAGCAGCAGCAGCAGCAACAGCAGCAGCAGCAGCAGCAGCAAUAAUAAUAAUAAUAAUUGUAUUACUAGUAGUGUUAUGAUUGCUACUAUCUCUCCUGCCUCUUCUUGUUGCGAACAAACACUCAAUACAUUAAGAUAUGCAUCUAGGGUUAAAAACUUUAGGAUACAGCAGCAGCAGCUCCCUCUGCAGCAGCAGCAGCAGCAGCAGCAGCAGCAGCAGCAACAGCAACAGCAACAGCAGCUGGGGAAUAAUACUAAUGAAAUACAGCAGCAGCAGCAAGGGACUGCAGCAGGAGGGGCAAGAGAUAGAGCUAAAUCACCUAUGAGUCCCUCAUAUACAUAUACAGAGGAAAUGUCUCCCUAUAGAGGAGGAGGAGGAGCAGCAGCAGCAGCAGCAGGAGGAGGAGGAGGAGGAGAUACUUUCUUCUCCUCCUCUGUUGAGGUGUCUCCUCGUAUACCUCCCCCUACACCCUUGGGGCCCUAUGGGGGGGGGGCCCGUAGAGGGGUAAGGGCCUCUAAUUUAGUACCCUCUUCUACUGUCUCCUUACCGUCAUCUACUAGCAGCAGCAGCAGCAGCAGCAGCAGCAGCAGCAAUUAUACAAGAAAUAUUGCUGCAGCAGCAGCAGCAGCAGCUGAUGCGGAUCUUGAUGGUGCAGAGACAGCUAGGGAAGAACUGUCUCCUCUAUCCUCUAGGGAGCUGCUGCUGCAGGAGCCGCAGCAGCAGGUGCAGCAGCAGGUGCAGCAGCAGCAGCAACCAAUUGUUAGGAAGACAAUUAUACCUGGUAGGAAGCAGACUCGUUACGGUUCUGCAGCAGAGACAUCUAGUACUCGUCUAGGUCUCCGUACUAGGCAGCAGCUGCAGCAGCAGCAGCAGCAGCAGCAGAAGCAGUCUCCUACAGAAAGGAGACACCAAGCAACACCUGCUAUUAAUACUUCUGCCCUAAGGAAGUCAUGGCUGCAGAAGCAGCAGCAGCAGCAGCGCAGCAAGAGGGGACUACUAGGAGACGAUGGGGAGACACUUAUCUAUAUGAAGGAGCCAGCAGGUCUAUCAGCAGCAGCAGCAGCUGCUGCUGCUGCUGCUGCUGAGGGGUCACCCUUAGAUACCCGUAGGAUGGCAGUAGAUGCUGACGGCGAGCAGCAGCAACUGCAGCAGCAGCACGAAGAUAUGCUGCUGCAGGACGAAUCUGCUGCAGCAGCUGCUGCAGCAGCAGAGCAGCUGCCACCGCUGCUCAAUGAGCUGCGCGUGCGGCGGCCUAGUGGGUCUCCUUCGUCUCCUUACUGCAGCAGCAUGCAUCCUAGCAGCAGCAGCAGCAGCAACAGCUGCAGCAGACUGCGGUAUAAGGCUGGUGUGACGAGCAGCACAGAGACAGACCCGACAAAGUGUUUGCUGCAGCAGCUGCUGCCGACACCAGAGCAGCAGCCAUCAGCAGGAGACACAGGUCUUAGUAGCAGCAGCAGCAAUCCAGCAGCAGCAGCAGCAGCAGCAGCAGCUCCCUUCGAUAUGCCACGGCUGCUGCAGCAGAAUCUAAAUGGUGCAAAUAUUGAGUCUCUAACUGCAGCACAAUUAGAGGCACUACAAGCACAAGUUGGAGGAUGA